AUGAAUAAGCAUCCGAGUCUUGUCAUAACAGAUGGUGAUAAUGCCAUGAAGAGUGCAAUUGAAGAAGUUUUUCCAAAUGCUACCCAUAGAUUGUGUGCUUGGCAUCUGUAUAAAAAUGCAGUAUCUCAUAUCAAGGACCCAAAAUUUCGUGAGGAAUUUAAGAAAUGCUUGUAUGCCAAAUUUGAAUGUGAUGAAUUUGAAGAGUAUUGGCAUGACAUGGUUAAAAGGUUUAAUCUUGUGGGAAAUGAUUGGGUAGAGAAACAAUAUAGAAGGAAAGAACAGUGGGCUACUGCUUAUUUGAGUAGCAAGUUCUGCGCUGGAUUUAGAACUACAUCCAGAUGUGAAGGCAUAAAUUCUUUCAUUAAAAGCUUUGUUGACUCAAGGGAUAGUAUACUUGCAUUGGUGCGAAACCUAGAACGUGCUUUAAGGGACUACAGAAAUAAUGAAAUUGUUGCUGAAUUCAAAACAAUAAAUGGAGAACAUGUGCCCACAACAGGUUUACAUUCUCUUGAGCGUCAUGCUGCGUCAAUGUAUACUAGGGAGAUAUUUUGGGAAAUAUUAGAAGAGAUUAAAAAUGUGGCAGCUUUGGAUAUUGUGUGGUCUGGUAGUCGUUCAACAACUACAGAGUACAAGAUCAUCAAGUAUGGAAGAUCUGAUCAUGAGUACAUUGUUUUAUAUGAUCAAGAUACUCAAAAAAUGGAACAGAUCAAGGAAUUGCUAGAAACUCUUAUAUUGAAAAGAUGGACUAAAGACGUUAAAAAAAUUGACGAUGAUCAAGGUAACAUAAACGGAAAAGAGGAUGAAGAAAGGAGCAUUCUGAUGCGGAUGGGUGCAUUAAGAGGAGUCUUCUCCAACUCCCUGGCCAAGAUAGUGCACACACCAGUGGCCCAAUUUCCAUUUCGGGAUGUGGUUUGUAGCAUUCAGAUAUUUGUGAUGUAUGACGUAGAAGUGGUUUUCGUAAUUGGUGGUUGUUUGGUUUUCUCCCAAAAUUUGGAUUUCGAUUCUGACAAGUGA